UCACUUCUAGAAGAGAUUUUAUUUAAUUUAAUACUAUUUCUUCAUGCAUCUUUAAUAUGGGGAUGCAAAUCUCGCCGUUGUCAAAAAAAAUGGCGGGAUUUCUACUGUUCCUCACACAUUUGGACAGUUUUCUGUACAUGGUUGAAUGUGUGUCGCAGAUUGAAAUUGACCAACAUCUAAACCUAGGAAUGAACCUUCUAGCUCGUGGAUCGUAUUCCGAUGCACUCACUCAUUUUCAUGCAGCUGUAGAUGCAGAUCCAUCAAACUAUAUGUCCUACUAUAAGAGAGCCACUGUAUACAUGGCCUUGUCCAGAGCCAAGCCAGCUCUUGCAGACUUUGACAAGAUUUUGGAGUUAAAACCAGAUUUUCUGAAGGCAAGACAGCAGAGGGGAGGGUUACUUCUUAAAAUGGGUAGACUCAACGAGGCACACAUAGACCUGGAAAACGUAGUUAGGAAUGAACCAGACAACGGUGAUGCUAAUACGCUUUAUAGUAUGAUCACUACCUUGCAAGAUAAAACUGAUGAUGCCAAAGAUGCGAUAAAUUGGAAUAAUUAUGAACAUGCAAUUGAACUUCUUACUGAGUUACUAGAGAAUAUUCCGUGGGAUCCCUCUCUACGGGAACUAAGAGCUGAGGCAUAUCUUGGUCUUGGAAAUAUUCCGCAUGCAAUAUCCGACAUUAGAUCCGUUACCAAACUGACACUUGAUAAUACAGCUGGACAUUUUAAACUAGCUUCACUACAUUACCAGCUGGGUGAAGCCGACGAGUCAUUAAAUGAAGUGAGGGAGUGCCUUAAACUAGACCCCGACCAUGUGGACUGCUACCCGAUGUAUAAAAAGAUAAAGAAGGUUGCGAAGUUUCUCCAAUCAUCUAAAGAAGCAUCGAAUAGCGAGGACUGGCAGGAAUGUAUUGAUAUGGCGAACAAGGCUCUGAAAAACGAACCUACUAUUGAAAAUGUUCGUUUCCACGCACAUGAUAGAUUAUGUCACUGCUAUGUGAAACUUGGUGACUCUCUCGAGGCUAAAAGAGCAUGUAGUGACGCAAUAAAGAUUAAUAAUGAACCUCGAUUGUAUUGUGAUAGAGCCGAAGCAAAUCUUGCCGAGGAUAUGUUUGAUGAGGCUGUCAACGAUUAUCGGGCAGCUCUAGAGAUUGAUGAGGAUUUUCAACGCGCUAAAGAGGGAAUCCAGCGAGCUCAAAAACUUCAAAAGACUGCUAAAAAAAGGGACUAUUAUAAAAUUCUUGGAGUAAAGAGAAGUGCUUCCAAAAAAGAAAUUAACAAGGCAUAUAAGAAAUUGGCUAUGCAGUGGCAUCCGGACAAAUUUCAGGCCGAAGAGGACAAAAAAGCAGCAGAAAAGAAGUUUAUGGAUAUUGCAGCUGCCAAAGAAGUCCUCAUGGAUGCUGAAAUGCGGCAGAAAUACGAUAGCGGCGAAGAUCCAUUAGACCCUGAGUCUGGUAGAGAAGGCGGACAGCAAUUUCGUCAUGGUGGACAAAAUUUCCACUUUCCUGGAGGAAAUCCUUUCGGUGGAGGACCAUUUCAGUUCAAGUUUCAUUUUAACUGAUCUCCAAAAGGCAUUCAUUUCUUAACUUAUAUAUUGUUAAAUGAUUAAUAGGGUUAUUUUGUUUACCUCGUUUAAAUUUAGUUCUUAACAUAAGUUCGUCUAAAUCAUUACAGUAUGUGUUAUUAAUAAACGUUAAAUAAUCUGGG